UUGUGAACGUCGAGCGGAGUGGAAUGCGCAUAGAACGCGAACGCAGGGCGAAAUAAAAUAAAAUAACACAUAUUUUCGUUGGUGCUGUAAUGUGAGGAGAAGAUAAUGCUCGUCGCCGGACUGCUAAUUAAAUCGGAAGAACAACAAUAAAACGCAGCUAGAAAAGAAGCGGGUAUGGCAAACAUAUGAAACACCGGGAACAACAACUACAAUAAUAUAAAAAAAUAACAACAAAAAGCACCGCGUUGGUGAUGUCCGCGGCAUAUGUUUGUGUGUUUCAACUUGUAAGCAAUACUCAUCAUUAAACACGCACAGCAACAACAACAACCAGAGAAAGAACAACGAUAUUCGUAACUGGACUGCAACUAAACCGUUUCGUGACUUGUUUUGGGUGCAGCAUAAACUGUAACCACAAAAGCAACCAAAUUCUAAACUCAACAACGAAAAUCGUUUACCCUCGGCCCGCCCCUGCACUUAUAAACUAAACUCGGAAUGGGCAGUGUGUGGAAACGUUUGCAACGAGUCAACAAACGCGCGGCGAAAUUUCAAUUCACUGCCUCGUAUCAUGAUCUUCGUCUGGAAACCACCGCCAAAUGGCGUCCCUCAAAUCUGUCCGUAGUGUGGACCAGACGAUCCAGACGUGUUGCCAGCGCGCCGCUGCCCUGGGAACCAGAUAUGAUGAAUCCGCUGGUCGGUAAUAUAUCUUGGCCUGUGCCCGAUAAUCACGCCAUAUCGGUUACAUUGUUCAAGGAUCCGCGCACUCACGAACUGGAGGAUAAGGACUGGACGUUUGUCAUCGAAGAUAUAACACCCCUCGGCAAGAAACGUGUGUUGGCCAACGCGAGCAUCAAUAUGCGAAAAUAUGCCAGCAUCGAGUCGACGGCACAAAGCUUUACGCUGAGCCUGAAGCCAGUCUCAAGGAAAAUAACUGCCGCUGACUUAGAACUGACAAUCAGCUGUGUCUUCUUGCGCGAGGGCAAGGCCACUGACGAGGACAUGCAGAGCGUUGUUUCGCUUAUGUCAGUAAACAAUAACUGUGAUGUUGCGCCGCUCGAUGAUUUGGAAGACAUACCCGAUUUGGAGAAUUCGGGCGAUCUAUCAGAUCACCUAUACGGCUACACACAACAAUUGGAGCAAAUGACAACGAGUUUGAAUGGCUGUAUGGACAUGCCCACGCCAUUGAGUGUACCUUCUUUAUCCGAAGAUCCAACUCCAUUGGCCGAACCAUUUAAUCAUUUGCAUUUUGAAUUAGAAGCAGAUCGCGAUGCAGCAACAGCAGCUGUAGAAACAACAACAACAACUACAAAAUCAUCUUCAGCUUCGGGACAUCAGCUUACGCUAGUUGAUGCUGAUGAGUCCCUUAAAACCCCCAGUGGGGGGCAACCUUUGGCCGUCAGUACACCUGCAAAAACAAAUGCCCCUGAGGAGCAAGGAAGUGGAACACCAGCUCCUAAAUCCAAGCAGCCGGAAGUCUUCAGUAAAGUGCUAACCUCUACGCCAAUAGAACAUGCGACUGCGCCCAUAGACAAGCCCAAAGAGAUUCGAAGCAAAGGCAAGGCGCUCAGUUUUGACAAGGAGCAAAGCCAGAGCAACUUGGCAAUGAAGGCAACUGUGCCACCCAUAAUGGAUGGGCUUCACAAAAGCUAUACUGAGCAGUCGACGGUCACAUUGAGCACCAGCACCAGCGAAGCCAACAAUCAGCCCGCAGUCACAGUCGCAGCCCCAAUACCAACAACAUUACACUCGGAGCAAACCAAAACAACGGACAAGGAUUCAUCAGCACUUUCGAGCGCCAAGCGAGCCGAGUUACAGCCGUUAAAAUUAAAAAAGAGCUAUGAGAACGUGCCCCUUAAUAAUAGCUCAGCCAAUACCCUGAAGCCUGUAGAGAAGAUUGUGCUGAAGGAGAAUACGCCUGGGCAGGAUUUGCUUGAGUGGUGCAAAGAGGUUACCAAAGACUAUCACAAUGUUAAAGUUACAAACUUGACAACCAGCUGGCGCAAUGGCAUGGCAUUCUGUGCAAUCAUACAUCACUUCGUGCCGGAUUUGAUAGAUAUGUCAAAGUUGAGCGCCCACGAUGUGGUGGGCAAUUGCCGAAUUGCGUUCGAUGCGGCCGAAUCGCUUGGAAUACCACGUGUGAUUGAGCCGCGUGACAUGAAUCUGCUCACGGUGCCGGACAAAUUGGCUGUGAUGACGUAUUUGCAUCAAUUGCGUGCGCAUUUUACUGGCAAGCAGCUGCAAAUUGAGCAAAUUGGCCCCACCUCUGACGAGUCCAGUUACGUUAUUGGCAAUUACAAAUCGGACAAUUUAUCGCAGAAUUUAUUCAAUUUCUCGCAUCUGAAGGCCCAACUAUUGCAUCAGAAUUCGCUGGACGAAGACAUAUUCGGGCUGGAUAAAGCGCAGCAGCUACAGCUGUCGCCCACGUCCAAAAAAGAUGUCAAGAACCUUAUACUGUCCAGCUCGAAGAGCAUACUGGGAAAAGUUUUAUCGCCUACGAAGGAUAAGAACUCAAUAAAUGCAUCGCAGCAUAUAAAUCAGACGCCCACAUCCCAACUGGGCAACCAGACACCACCGUCAACGUUGGAAGGCGGUGUCGAUGGUGACGAGACAACAACGGCGCCGCAGCAACAUCAGUCCAACAACAAAGAGCCUGCGUCGCCCACAUCCUUGGAUCCUCUUGCGGCAAAUGAGGAUCGACAGCAGCGAUUACGCGAGCAAGCACGUCGUCUGAUACUGGAAACCCGGAGCAAGCAUGCGCCCAGCAAUGGUGUCGAUAGCCCCACGACGCCAACCAAAUCCAAGCGCUUUAACUACACACCGGAGCGCACCAUCUCACCUAUACCUAAUGGCGAGGAGUUCUUUGGCGACUCGCCAACGAAGAAGAUAACCCCGCCGCGGGAUGUAUCUGAACAACAGCAACUGCUUCAGCAUGGCAAUAAGCUAAGUCCUAGUCAUAGAUUAAGCGAACGAUACGGAAACGGCAGCGCCAAUGGCAGUCCGUUGCACUCGUUUCAUGCGGUCAUGGAACGCAUUUCACCAAAGCACGAGAAGAGGGGCGAUAAGCUGUCCUAUAUUGAGUCCGAACUGGAAGCCUUAGAACGGGAACAGGAGGCCAUUGAUCAAAAGGCGAGCAGUCUGGAAGGGAAACUGCGCGCAGUCAUGGGCGGCAAUCCAAGUAAUAAUCGAGCGAGUAGAAAUCCAUUUCUUAGGCUAAUACGUAAUAGCAUUGGUGGUGGUGACGUCAUACGUAUUAAGCUGCUCGAUUCAGAUGAUGAGAGCUUGUUCGGCAGCGGUGCAGGCGGUGCGGGUACAACCACCGAUGACGAUAAUGAUGAUGAAUUCAGCGAUGCCAUUUGCAGCUCUGGCGAUGAUGAAAAUCGACAAAAUCAGCAGCUUAGAAGGCGACGUCCCGAACGUACACCGCCUGCUAGACCACGCUCCCAAUCCUGUUUCCAUCCAACGCUUAGUCCCACAAACGAACGCCAUCAUUCAAACCAUCCGCAUCAAAUUCAUCGUGGCCAUCAUGUACAUCAUGUUGUGCCCUAUAGCCAUCUGUUGAGUAGCUCUGCCUCGGCUGCCUCAUCCCAGCAAUCCUCCUGUGAUAACCUGCAAGCUUUUAGCGAUGACGAUGUAGAUGCUGUCGCCGUGGCAGCCACAGGGCAUGCCGCCUCCAUAAGGCGGCGACGCGAUCGCCACAAGCGUCGUGAGCAGCAGCAGCGUAGACGCAGUCAGUGCGGUAAAGUGCUAAAGUGCAACACAGAAGAAACGGAGGAGCAACUGCUCUCCCAAUGGUUCACGCUGGUCAACAAGAAGAAUGCCCUGCUGAGACGGCAAAUGCAACUUAACAUUCUCGAACAAGAGAAAGAUCUGGAGCGUAAGUUUACGAUGCUAAAUCAAGAAUUGCGUGCUGCACAGUCUGUGGAGGAUUGGCGUAAGACGGAAGCGCAACGUGAGAAGGAGCGUCUGCUUUUGGAGGAACUGGUGGCAAUCGUGGACAAACGAGAUCAAUUGGUGCAACAUUUGCACAAUCAAGAAAUUGCUAUUGAGGACGACCACGAAAUAGCACGAGAGCUGGAGCAGGUGGACAUUAGUGGCGCCAAAGAUAAAUGUGUUAUACAAUAAACAUAUGCUUGCGUUUCUGGAUUUAAAAUGUGUGCUCUAGAAAGGCGCCCAAUGUUAACCCAUAUGACUGGAGAUUAUACUUAUAGUAACAUACGUACAUACAAAUGUUCGUAAUCGUUUUAUAACUCUGCGGCCCCUGUUGUUCAUUUGUGUGUAUGUACUUACAAUAUAAUGUGCGUGUUGCAUUCAAAUAGUUUAGUUAGAAAAUUGGGUCGAGUUUGUCUGUAAAGGAAGCACACAGCGCAUUUCGCAUGAUGUUCAUAAAUUAAAAAAAGAAAAAAAUAGUUUGUGCAAAAAAUUCUAUAAAGUUCUUGAAAAUGUUUAAAUUACUGUGGCAAAUAAAAAAAAUAUAUAUAAAUAUAUAUAUAUGUAAACAAA